AUGACAAGAUGUAGUUUUCAAUUUACUGCUCAUAAACCUGAUUUUAAUAUUACUCUGAUCAAAACAGACCCAGAACCAAUAAUCUAUACAAAUAAUGAUACAAAAUUCAAUAUUUAUCAAACUUUUACUGAAGAUCUUCCAAUUCCGAACUUUGAUCUUACGGAAUGCAGUUUUAUGGUUCUUUCAAAUAAAACUGUCAAACAAACAAUCUCCGAAACAAAGCGUUUCCCACAAGUAACAGGAACUCUUGAAAUUUCAAACUGUAUUUUCAAAGAUAUCGGUAAGGGGUCGAAAGAUAGUGCCGCGAUCAUAGUUCAGAACUCAAAUUAUCUACAUUUAACUCAAAUACCUUAUUUGAACGUUGAAUCAUGUACAUUUUAUAAUCUCUUUUCUCCAGAUUCUCCUGCAGCAAUUAACGCUGCUAAUUUCGUGGGAAAUGCUGACAUAACUAAGAUUUGCUGCAUGAAAUGCAUAGGAAAUGAAUCUUCUGUCUUUUAUUUAGGCGGAUAUGUUAAUAAGACAUCCUUUAACGCUUCUUCGUUAUCGACAAGCCCAGAAGAAUAUAUCAAUGACGUCAAUGCGGGAUUCUCUAUCAAUGGCCCGCUUGGAACUCAAAAUAAUAUUUAUGGAUUAAAUUAUACUCAAGGUUACUUUAUUAAAACCACAUGCUACAUCUCUAAUGAACGGCUAUCAUAUUCUAACUUUGAAAAUCUAUCUAUAAGAGAACCAGGAUCAAGAAUAAUUAUGCAAAACACUUUCCUUUACAGUUUUCGUAAUGUUACAGCUGAAUCAGUCAAUUUCAUAUGGGUUACUUAUGGAAAACUCAUUGAAAUAGGCUUGAAAUACGAUUUUUUUGUUCCUGAUUUUCCAUAUAUGAAUGCUGAGUAUUAUUUUGAUUUCAUAGACUGUGUAUUUGAUCACUCCUCUGUUCCUGAUAAACAUGAGAAGUAUUUCCAUAAUUGCCAAUAUCCAACAGAUAAAGAUCAUGUUUCCUUUGAAACAUUGGAAUUUUCAAAGAAACUAAUGACGAAAUGCAAGACUCCGCAGCUCCAUCCUACACUUUCACCUCUAAUAAUUGCAUCAAUCACAAUUCCUGUCAUAUUAGUCUUGUCCGUGGCCAUAGUUGUAGGAAUUUACUGUUAUUACAGAAAACACCAGAAAGUCAUUGAGUUUAGGUACGAACUCCAGAAAAGACUUGAAACAGACUUUGGAUAA